AAAAGGUCACUCAGUUCUCAAAUAUCCUGGAAAGUAGUCAAAUUUAGUGAUUUCCGGAGUGACCGGAGCAGGUCACCCAAAUGCUAUAUAAGCUACAUCCAACAAGCUAAAUCUAGAUCCACGUUCAUACCAGUUGUAUAGAAGGAAGUUGACAUAUCGACGCAAUGACGACUUCGAAGUCACUAGUGUUGGUGGCUUGUUUGAUAUUCUACCCACGGGCACGUCCCCAAAUAGUAGAGUUCCGAAAAAGCUGGCAUAAAGCUAUGGGAUGGUGCAAUCAUGCAGGGACUGAAAUACAUUUUGGCGACUUCAACGGAGAUGGGCGAACAGAUAUGUUAUGCCAUGAUUCAACAGGCAAAAAAUGGAUUGCCCUGGCCAACAGCGCCGGCCAGUUCACUGGAAACACCUGGUACAAGAACAUGGGAUGGUGUUAUCAUACGGGCGCUGAACUACAUGUUGGCGACUUCAACGGAGAUGGGCGAACAGAUAUGUUAUGUCAUGAUUCAGCAGGCCAAAAAUGGAUUGCUUUGGCCAACAGUGCCGGACAGUUUCCUGGAAACACCUGGUACAAGAGCAUGGGAUGGUGCUAUCAUUCGGGGGCUGAACUACAUGUUGGCGACUUCAAUGGAGAUGGGCGAACAGAUAUGUUAUGUCAUGAUUCAUCAGGGAACAAAUGGAUUGCCCUGGCCAACAGCGCCUGCCAGUUCCCUGGAAACUCCUGGGAAAGAGACAUAGGAUGGUGUAAUCACGCAGGGACUGAGCUACAUGUUGGCGACUUCAAUGGAGACRGGCGAACAGAUAUGUUAUGCCACGACUCAGCAGGUCGCAAAUGGAUUGCUCUGGCCAACAGCGCCGGUAAAUUCUAUGGAAACUCUUGGGAAAAGGCCAUGGGAUGGUGCAAUCAUAAAGGGACUGAACUACAUGUUGGCGACUUCAACGGAGAUGGACGAACAGAUAUGUUAUGUCAUGAUUCAAAAGGCCGCAAAUGGAUUGCUCUGGCCAACAGCGCGGGCCAGUUCACUGAAACGUCCUGGCACAAAGACAUGGGAUGGUGCUACACUCUAGGGGCCAAACUGGAAGUCGGAGAUUUCAACGGUGAUGGACGAACAGAUAUGUUAUGCCAUGACGCCACUCGCAUGUGGAUAUCGCUUGCAAACAAAGAUGGUAGCUUUUCUCAAACUUCUUGGCAAAAAGCGAUACCCUGGUGCAAUCAAGUAAAUGGGACCUCUAUAUAUAUUAGGGACUUCAAUAACGACAAAAGAGACGACCUCUUGUGCCAUGAAGAUACGGGAACGAAUUCGGUGAUGUUGGCCCAACCUGGAGGCUCAUUUACUGGAGCCAAUGACUGGUAUUCGACCAAGGUUUGGUGCGCUGGUGAAGACCUUCAUGUCGGAGACUUGAAUGGAGACAAUCGUGCUGACAUGGUAUGCAAGGACAGAACAAGUGGGGAAACUGACAUUUUAUUUGCUGGUGCAAAAGUACGCAAGCUGUUUACAGGAAGGACUACCGAAGGUCGUACGCGUCAAUGUUCUGGCCCUUAUAAGGUGUUAUUUUUGGCCGACUUCGACGGAGACAGCAAAGAGGACAUGCUAUGUCAUGAUAAGUCUACAGGACAAAAAUGGAUCGAUUACAGCUGCUUUGAAGAAAUACGAGGCAAGUGGCAUCAGCUCAACAACGAACAAGUAUGCUUCAAGGGUAACAACGAAAACCCAGGCAUCUUUGAACCAAAAUUCGAGGGCUUUCUUGCUGCAGUGAAGCUUGUUCAUCGUAGUGGGAAGAUUGUUUGUGAUUGGCGAAUAGAUGGUUCUCACACCAGUUUCUGGGGAUGCCACAACUUUCUACACAUUGAAGACACUCCUCUCAACGUUUUUAUCACCGAUGAUGAGGACAACAUUCUCUUUCCUAAGAUUGGAGCAACCUUCACCGAGGGUGUCCACAAGAACGGCAAGUGGUACAGGAUCCCUGGAUUUGACUCCAGAUCAAAAUACCUCGUUCUUCAGCGCGGCUUCAACGUCCCACUCUACGUUGGCCCCCAAUCCAUCCUUAAACUAUGGUACGGUGAAGAUCUGCUGGAUUACGCCGAGGGUGAUAACAGAGGUCGCGUUUGUGCUGAUGGUUAUGGCUACUUUUUGUGAACCUUUCACCUCUGCAUUUACAAGAGGAUACUGAAAUGACUUAAGACAGCUUUGCGUUUUUAAAACGUCAAUCCCUUAGCUAGACAGCAAAUUCUGAUCUUAGUAAUUGUUCUUGAUCCAAUAAAAAUGAAACUGUAGUAAAAUAAGCACGAUUGAAAAAUAAAGACUGAUGUAAUGGUGA